CGGACCGCCGGAAGUUGUUGUCCCAUUUAUUCCGGUUGUCACUUUGCUGUCGGUGAAUCAUGUCUGCCGAGUUCGAGGGAUACGAGCAGGACUAUGGGGUGCUCACCGCUGAAAUCACCGGCCGGAUUGGCAGAAUACCCCGCCUGGUGGGAGAUGAAAAGAAGCAGAUGAUCCUUAAUGUGGAAAAACAGCUGGAGGAAGCGAAGGAGCUUCUGGAACAGAUGGAUCUUGAGAUGCGUGAGAUCCCAGCCCAGAGCCGCGGCAUGUACAGUAACCGCAUGAGAAGUUACAAGCAGGAAAUGACCAAACUGGAAACCGACUUUAAAAGGUCACGGAUCGCCUACAGUGAUGAGGUGCGGAAUGAGCUCCUGGGGGAUGAUGGGAAUUCCUCAGAGAUCCAGUUGAUAAAAUUACGUGAAGAGAGGGCACAUCUGCUGGAUAACACGGAGAGGCUGGAAAGGUCGUCACGGAGGCUGGAAGCCGGCUACCAAGUGGCAAUAGAAACCGAGCAAAUUGGACAAGGCAUCCUUGAAAAUCUGAGCCAGGACAAAGAGAAGAUCCAGAGGGCCAGAGAAAGGCUCAGAGAAACAGACACAAACCUUGGCAAAAGUUCCAGGAUUCUGACGGGAAUGUUACGAAGGAUCAUCCAGAACCGAGUUUUAUUUGUCGCCCUAGGGAUCAUCAUUGUUUUCACCAUUGUCCUGGCAAUUUAUUUUUCUGUUCGGGGACACUGAUGCUGUACGUUUGUCACUGCAGAAACGGAGAGAAACUGAGACAGGGCUCUGCGCUGACAGCACGGACACUCAUUCACGCUUAUCUCUGGACCUGUGUGUGUCAUGUCCACUUCUUUCUUUCCUAAUGUCCUUCUAAGACCAUACAAGAUGUCUCCCUAUCUUCCACAUGAACCUAUUCUGUCUGAUGGUCUCCAGCCGCAGUCUGAAAAGGACAAUUUAACCCAAAACUACACUUUAUAUAAUAAGUC